CAAUAUAUCCUAUAACUCAGCUUGCGUGCCACCCCUCUGUGAAAUCACCGAUAUCAAUUCCUUCGAUCUACUAUUAUCGCCACCCUCCUCCGAUCCCACACCCGCAGAGAUUUUAUACCCGUUUCCAUGGAUAAUACCCCGCCAGCCUCUUCAUGGCUAACUAGAUAAACCGAUCUCAUCUACUAUUGAAUCAGGUUCGUCGAUCUACAACAGAAAGACGCAAAGCACGGAAGAUCUUCCAUCGGUUCAGUAGCGAAUUCUCCAGGUAUAGAAAACUCAAAACACAGAAAAAAAGAAGAUGGUUAAAGCAUAUACACAAGAGCACACAUUUAAGCAUCCUUGGGAAAGAGUAACUGCUGCAUCGUGGAGAAAAUUUUCGGAUCCUGAAAACAAACGUGUCCUAUCACACAUCCGUGAGGUUGACACUUUAAACCACAAGCUUGUCCCCAGCUCAGGAAAGCUAUACACGACUCGUGCUAUAACCAUCCAUACGCCGGGCCCAUGGUUCAUCUCCAAGAUCAUUGGUCAGGACAUCUGUCACUGUGUUGAAUCAACUGUUGUUGAUGCUCAAACUCGCACAAUGCAGCUUUCCACACGGAAUAUCAGCCUUGAGAAGUUCAUUGACGUGGAGGAGAAGAUCCGGUAUGACCCUCAUCCUGAGAAUCCAAAUGGGUGGACGAUUUGCAGGCAGGAGACUAGCAUUAGGAUAAAGCCGCUGUCAGUGUUGGCGUCAAUGGCAGAGAAGAUAGAGCAGAAAUGCGUUGAGAGGUUCCAACAGAACAGUGCAAAGGGAAGGGAAGUGAUGGAAAGAAUGUGCAAGUAUCUAGAGACGGAGUCGAGCGGCAUUUCUAUAUGAAAAUUGUUUUGGCCAUAGUUGUGAUUUUUUUCCAUUAGCUUUUAUGACUGAUUAUAAAAGCAUAGUUCAUGCAGGGGAAAUCAUAGUUAAGUAAGUGCAUCACUGUAGAGUCUGUAGUAUAACAUGGUUUCAUGAAUUUCAGAAAUGAGGGUCUUUUAUACCCAUUUCUCUUCGGGAAAAUUUGAGUUUGCACCCUAUUUUAUUGUCCAAACUUGUUGAAUCAGUGGUGAAACUUGUUAUAUUGCUUGGGACUCGAGAACAUUUGUUUGUUCAAUUGUUCAUGGUUUUGCAAAUUUUUCUGGGAGGAUUUCUGAAUCCCUCCCUGGACAUUGUGACACAAAUUUAAUUCAAGUUGCAAGUUUGGUUAAAA